AUGGAAAGAUUCCUGGGUUUUACCCGUAACCACUGUUUCAUCAUGCUGUUCUUCACCUCCCUGAGCCCGCUGGGCUUUGCUCAGUAUGAACACUGGCCCUACCUCCCUGGUUACCCUGAGCCACCCCCACAAGUGUACCAGCCCCCCCAGAGACCGGCAAAUGUUCCCAAGAUCCAGCUGCGGCUUGCAGGGCAGAAGAGAAAACACAACGAAGGCAGAGUGGAGGUGUUUUACAGUGGCGAGUGGGGCACGGUGUGCGAUGAUGACUUUUCCAUCCAUGCUGCGCACGUGGUCUGCAGGGAGCUGGGCUACGUGGAGGCGGUGUCUUGGCUACCGAGCUCGAAGUACGGAAAAGGAGAAGGGAAAAUUUGGAUGGACAAUGUCCACUGUAAUGGCAAGGAGACCAGCCUGGCAGCGUGCACUUCAAAUGGCUGGGGAGUAACUGACUGCAAACACACCGAAGACGUGGGAGUGGUCUGCAGUGAAAAGAGAAUCCCUGGCUUCAAGUUUGACAACUCAUUGCUUAACCAAAUAGAGAACAUGAACAUCCAGGUGGAGGACAUAAGGAUCCGGGCCAUUCUUGCCACCUACCGCAAGCGGGUGCCUGUCACAGAGGGUUAUGUGGAGGUGAAGGACGAAGGGACCUGGAAGCAGAUCUGCGACAAGCACUGGACCAUGAAAAAUUCCCGAGUUGUCUGUGGCAUGUUUGGAUUUCCGAGCGAGAGGAAAUACAACACCAACGUCUACAAGAUGUUUGCCAGCAGAAGGAAGCAGCAUUACUGGGCUUACUCCAUGGACUGCAGUGGGAACGAGGCUCACAUCUCCAGCUGCAAACUGGGCAAUCACCUCAACGUGGAUGCGGAGAAGAACGCGACCUGUGAGAACGGGCUGCCUGCAGUAGUCAGCUGCGUCCCCGGACGCGCCUUUGCCCCCAGCAGCCACAGUGGCUUCCGAAAAGCCUUCAGGCAGGAGCAACCACUGGUGAGGCUGAAAGGGGGAGCCAACACUGGCGAAGGACGAGUUGAAGUGCUGAAAAACGGGGAGUGGGGAACGGUUUGCGACGAUAACUGGAACCUGGUGUCAGCCAGCGUGGUGUGCCGAGAGCUGGGCUUCGGGAGCGCCAAGGAAGCAAUAACGGGCGCAAGGCUCGGGCAAGGCAUGGGUCCAAUUCAUCUAAAUGAAAUUGACUGUACGGGCUUUGAAAAAUCAGUCACGGACUGCAAGUUCAACACGGAGUCGCAGGGCUGUAACCAUGAAGAAGAUGCUGCUGUGAGAUGCAACGUUCCAGCGAUGGGUUUCCAGAAUCAGCUGCGUCUGAGCGGCGGCCGCAACCCUUACGAGGGCCGGGUGGAGGUCUUGGCGGAGCGCAACGGCACUCUGAAGUGGGGCACCGUCUGCAGCGAGAACUGGAGCACCGUAGAGGCCAUGGUGGUGUGUCGGCAGGCGGCGUCCCCCAGCCAUGCCUUCCAGGAAACCUGGUACUGGCACGGAGACAUCAGCGCUGACAAUGUAGUCAUGAGCGGCGUCAAGUGUUCGGGGACAGAGAUGUCCCUGGCCCACUGUCGUCACGAUGGAGCCGAUGUCUCCUGUCCCAAGGGAGGUGGUCGUUUUGGUGCUGGUGUGUCCUGCUCAGAGACUGCCCCUGACCUGGUGCUCAACGCCGAGCUGGUGGAGCAGACAGCCUACCUGGAGGACCGCCCGAUGUUCAUGCUGCAGUGCGCGCUGGAGGAGAACUGCCUGGCCAGCUCGGCCACCAACACCUCCAUCACUUCUGGGUACCGGCGCCUGCUGCGCUUCUCCUCCCAGAUCCACAACAACGGGCAGUCCGACUUCCGCCCCAAGAACGGCCGCCACGCCUGGGUCUGGCACGACUGUCACCGGCAUUACCACAGCAUGGAGGUUUUCACCCACUAUGAUCUACUGAACCUCAAUGGAACCAAGGUGGCUGAAGGGCACAAAGCCAGCUUCUGUCUGGAAGACACCGAAUGCGAAGCAGAUGUGCAAAAACAGUAUGAAUGUGCCAAUUUUGGUGAACAAGGAAUCACGGUUGGAUGCUGGGACGUGUACCGUCACGACAUCGACUGCCAGUGGAUUGAUAUUACUGAUGUCCCACCAGGCGAUUACCUCUUCCAGGUUGUCAUCAACCCAAACUAUGAAGUUGCUGAAUCUGAUUAUUCAAAUAACGUGAUGAAAUGCAGGAGCCGGUAUGACGGGCAGCGCAUCUGGAUGUACAACUGCCACAUAGGUGGCUCCUUCAGUGAGGAAACAGAACAGAAGUUUGAUCACUUCAGCGGACUCACAAAUAACAAGGUGUCCACCCGAUAGAACAGCAUCGCCUCCCACCCCACUAUUUAAAGAAGCGAGGCUUCCUGCUUCGGUAAUUUCCCUAACCACUG